AUGGUUUUCCUAGUUAGAACCGAUUUGCAAAUGGGUAAAGGCAAAGUAGCUUCCCAAGUGGCUCAUGCCUCGAUUCUACUAUACAAAGCUGCACUGAAUAGUAAAAAUCCUUUUUUGGAUUGUUGGUUAAAGUGGGGGCAGCCUAAAAUAGUGCUCAGAAGUGAUUCUGAGCUGGAAUUGAGUGAGACUUAUAAGGCGGCAGUAAAAAAGCAAUUAAAUGUGUGUAGGGUUUAUGAUAGCGGCAAGACUCAGAUAUCAAGUGGUAGUUUAACUGUAGUGGGGAUUGGGCCUAAUAAAAGUGAAGAUAUAGACAAGAUUACUGGGAAGUUUAAAUUGUUGUAG